AACUUGCAUCGGUCUAGCGGUGGGUGCCAUAGCAACGGCGCAAAAGAAACAUUAUCCACAGCUUUUCGCAGACAAUGCAAUUAAUUAUAGCUAUAGCUCGUUUGCUACUGCGGCAAGGGAGUGACAAAACCUGUCAAUCGAAAUUCAAUAUGACUUUAAUCGCUACUUGUGAUUAACUCCAUGCGUAAAAACUGCCAGGUUGUUUGCUGGCUAUCGUUACUGUAGCUCGCGUGACAGGUUCGGUGGUUCGGCAGCUCGAGACGAAUUAGGCAGCCUGUCGUAAUUUCUUGAGAGCUUGCUACCACCUCGCCAAUUAAAUCGCUAAAUAGACAAUGAGAUAAUAGCUGAUGUUACUUUCAUGGUCAAUUCUAUUCAAAAAUAUGUUUCGUCGUGUUCAUUGACUAUAAUUACCAACUGUCUGGCUUAGUCAAGUUUCCUGUUGAAGUUGGAAGUUGCAGUAGCCAGUCAGAUGGCUAUGUCAGACCCAUAGCAUUGAGGAAGGAUUGACAGAAACACCUGUGGAUUUCUUCAGAUCUGAAGCAAGAGUGCAGCUUGAUUUUUUUUUACCCCCCCCCGGUCUACCAGUUCUUGCACUGUUGUUAGGAGUUCCAUUCAUCUGUAAAAUUGUUUGAACUUCAGUUUUUGAAACUUUUGUUUUUUUCGCUUAUUUUCCUUUGACUUUCACGUUGCUUAUUCAGUUGAAUUUUCAUAUAUGUAAUCUCAUCAGACAUAUCACAUUUAGCCAUUUAGAUGUACAUGACAAAGAAAUCUGCAAGGCAGCUACAGUGUGUUUUGGUAGUUGUUUGUUUAAAUGUUAUAGUUACUUUUAAAGGCAAAAGCUUCUAACAUAGCAUCAUUGGACACUUUUAUUGACAACAUCAGGUGGGGGGACAUGGUUGUAACUCAUUUGUUUAUUGGAAGGGUGAAAGGCUUAAAGUGGUAGUAGGGUACACAAAAUAAUAUACUGUGUUCAAAUAAUGAUAGAUUUGAAAAUAUAUGUAGCGGUGGAGGCUUUCCUGUAAUUUCCUGUUAUAUAGACGUUUCCUGCAUUAUUGUCUGACAUUGAAAAAAUAUUUUGCACUAAAUGGCUGAUUGAACUGGAAAUAGAAUAAUUGAAAGGGUGGUCUCAGAAUUUUGCUCAGUACUGUACAUUUGGUGUAUUGGUUAGUAAAAGUUUUAGUGAGCUAAGGAAUCUGUUUGCAAAUACAGGAACUUAUUUUGCUCCUGACUAACUGUUCUUAUACUCACACUUCUGGCUACACAGUUACUGAUUCUGAGAAGUACCCUUUUCUGUUACUGCUACUGCUGCGCUUAUGUACUUCAUGUACUUCGUUGCUCUGGAUAAGAGUCAUCUCUAAAUUAAGUUAUUGUAAUUCAGUUUAGUGGUUAUUACAUUACAUUUUUGCAGUCUGGUAAAUUAUUAAUAUUAUUUUCUUAUUCUGGUAUUAUUUGGGCCAGUAGUCUAUAUUUUGUUGGUGCCAGGGCAUGCUGGUAAUAGUAACCACUCAGGCAAUCAAUGUCUACUUUAUGUACUGUAAUCUCCUCAUUUCCCCUGUGCAGUGUUACCUAAAACGAUGGAUGAGAACCCUUUUUGGGUUCACAUCCAUAGUUUUAAGAACCCGGAAAUGCACGUCCUGAUAAUGACCACGAGAGGAGAGAUGAGUGGAGUUUUUGUGUGUGUGUACGUGUGUUUGGGCAUGCGUGAAUUUGGAAGUGUGUGUGACUUUGUGAGAUUUCCACGAGGGCGGGCGAGGUUCUUCUGGAAAAUGCCUUGUCUGUUACUGUCUGGGGGUUUCAAAGGUUAAGUUUCCACAACGUUUCCAGCAGACAGCAGCCCACUUGGCUAACUCGCCGGGUGCCAAUUUGUCUAGGAGAGAGCGCUGUCAUAAACCUUAAAUCAGCUUGGUAGGCAUUAGGGUGAUAGGUCUGCCUUUCCGCUAAGUCUUUCUGUUUUAUUUAUUUGCUGUUUGUUUCACCCUCACUCUCACUCACAUUCUCUCUCUCUCUCUGUGUUUCAGUUCAGUUCCAUUCAGUUAAUUUAAGUUCACUUCAUUUGGCUUUGUUGAUUUGCCAAUACAUCUGUAUUUCCAAAGCUUAUGCUGAAAAAACAAAUAACAAGUAAAAAUGUGAAUAAUAACAAAACAUGGCUGUAUAACUAUACAAUAAAAAAAUGUUUUAUUUUGUUUUUGUAUUGCUUCAAUGCUCUUUACCUCCCUACCUUUCAUUCAUCUUUCUCUUUUCUGUUUGUUCUGCUGUUCUCGCAAACCCAAUUCCCCUCAUUUCUUGCUUUUCGCACUUUUCCCCCCAGUUUUUGACGAACGUCUAUGCUCAUAUCAGAACGAGGCGGUUUCUCUGUCUUCGCGCCCCCUUGUUCUCAGUAUUUCCUGGUUGUGGGUUUGAGAGAGGGAGGAGGAGAGAGGGCCGCAGGGGUGUGCGUGUGCCUCCUCUUGCCCCUAUAAGUGGCGCGUGGCGCGUUCACCUGUGCGCCAGCUCACCAGGCAGUGAUUUCACAGAGACGAAGACAUAGUCAGUUACAAAAAAUAAAAUAAACAGCAAAAAAAAGAGACAAAAACCUGAGGCAGACAAACGGACACAAAGGCAAAAUCGAAGAACAAUUUGAACAAAAGAUCGCGACAGAACAACUAAAAAGAGAGCCAAAGGUUCGCUGACUCACUGAGAGAGCAGAGGCAAAAGGGUUUAGGUUUAAGAAGAACCAGUACCAUCAGCCAUGAACCGCAGUCAUUUUGGCGACUCAGCUGGUGUGAGAAUGAAUGCUGACAACUGCAAUGGCCGUUCUUAUGUGUCAGGCAGUGGAGACUCGUCGAUGGAGAGGGAGUUCUCAGGGGGACUGGGGGGGCCGACAAUGAGCACUCUGAACAGCCAGCAUUCCUCCCCAAGCCGCUCCCUCAGUGCAAACUCCAUCAAGGUGGAGCUGUACAGCGAUGAUGACCCAGGCUCCGCGUUGCGACCGCAGGGGAGAGGGGGGGAGAGGGAGGAGGGAUGGAAGGAGGAGAGAGAGGAGAAGAUGGAGGGAGAGGAGGAGGAGGGCCAGGAGGAGGCAGGAGGAGAGGGGGCCAGCCCCAAGACGUCCUCCCCGGGGCCGAUCCGCCUGCCGAACGGGAAGCUCAAAUGCGACGUGUGCGGGAUGAUCUGCAUCGGACCCAACGUGCUGAUGGUGCACAAGCGCAGCCACACAGGUGAACGGCCCUUCAAGUGUAACCAGUGUGGAGCCUCCUUCACUCAGAAGGGGAACCUGCUGCGGCACAUUAAGCUGCACUCUGGGGAGAAGCCCUUCAAGUGCCCGUACUGCUCCUACGCCUGCCGCCGCCGGGACGCCCUGACCGGACACCUCCGCACCCACUCCAUGGCGUCCCCCAUCGUGGGAAAGCCGUAUAAGUGCAGUUACUGCGGCCGCAACUACAAGCAGCAGAGCUCACUGGAGGAGCACAGAGAGCGCUGCCACAGCUACCAACAGAGCCUGGAGUCCCAGAGCAGCCAUACGCAGGGCGAGGACUUGGAGCUGAUGCAAGACCCUCUGAUACAGUCACCCUUCAUCGACAGGCUGGCCAACAGCAUCACCAAACGCAAGAGGACCACACCCCAGAAGUUUGUGGGAGAAAAGCACAUGCAUCUCAACAUGGCCGACACCCCUUAUGAGCUGAAUCCCACCCUCGACAAGGUGGGAGACGCACUUGGCCCCCAGCACCAGGGGGUGGACUCCGCCCACUUUGCAGGGGUCGGAGGGGAGUACCUCAGUGGACAAAGCGGUGGCAGUGGGGGCCCAGAACCCCGUCGGUCGCUGCGGUUACCCCACCCCCACGUGGUCACCUGCCUGUCCGAACUCACCCCCGUCAUCAGCUCCAUCUACGGCCAGCUGGGGUCCCUGGGACCGCGGGGAGACUGCGCCGGGGGCGGGGCCGGCUUGGGAGGCGUGGUCUCGGGGUUAGGUGGGCGGGAGGUGGGAGAGGGCCACGAGGACCUGCCCCACCUGGGCCAUAGCCAUGCCCAGUCUCCUGGCAACAGUUGCCAGGGCUCCACGGACAGUGAGAGCAUGGCAGGGGACCAGUGUGGCAUCGCCGUUGGCAACUCCAACCACCACCACCACCCACACUACCCGCCCGCCCCUCCUCCUCCUCCCCCUCCUCCCCCACCCCCGCAGCAGCAGCCACGCGGUCGGGACAGGCGCAGCCCCGCCCUCGCCAAAGAGAGGGACUGGGGGGAGCCGGAGCGGGACGAGGCCCACCCUGCGGCGGCCCCCCCGGGCUCGCCGGGCUCUUGGGGGCCGUUGCGGCUCCUGGAUGGCGAGGGCCAGCCGGUGCGGUGCUACCGCUGCGAGCACUGCCGCAUCCUCUUCCUGGACCACGUCAUGUUCACCAUCCACAUGGGCUGCCACGGCUUCCGCCAGCCCUUCGAGUGCAACAUCUGCGGCCACCGCAGCGCCGACCGCUACGAGUUCUCCUCCCACAUCGUGCGCGGCGAGCACACGCUGGGCUGAGGGCGGGGCGAGGGCGGGGCUACGCACGUAGAGAAGCCUGUGUUUGUUUGAGAUAAGGAUGAGUCCUAGGUUACUAAAAUAGGGUUAAGACAGACCGCGACUGUAUAUCCGCGUACUAAUGGGUCCAAACGGGGAAGUAAAUGGCUUGUGAGUAAAAUGGAGCCGCUUAGUUAUAUACAUAUAUAUGUCUCAGUCUGUCGUAACCCUGCUUUAAGAACCUAGAGACGAGUGGGUUUGAUCUGCACCAGAGUGAGUGAGGUAGAUGGGCGUUAGGAGUUGUGCUGUUGACUUUUAAGUGUUGACUGUUGACUUUUGCAGAGGCUAACUGAGGGAGGGGUACCAAUGCACAUACAGGUGGGGCUGUCAAACCUCACCUCCAGCUUUUUGCUGAUGGAGGCACACCCCAUCACAACCCCCCUCCCCCCAAACUAUUUUGUUUUGGUAAAGCACAACUAUUUCGCCUCAGAAGUGCCUUUCUCCUGUGUGGUUGACCUUUGGCCUUUAAAGUUGUGGAAAGAUUGUAUAAAUAGUGCUGCUGAUGGAGAAUCAUUGUCAGGGGAUUGGCUGGGAGGUUUAAGGGGCUUCGGUCUGAGGGCUGGGUUUUUUUAGGCCUGGGGGGUCAGGGUUGCGGGGUUAUGAACUACAUGAACUAUGCACUGGCCGGGUGGAAGCACAGAUUCUAGUCUAAUCUAGUUAUUUCUGUGCUCUUCGCAGCGAAAGCUCUGUUUCUCUAUCUUUGAAUCUGAAACAUUCCAAUUUGAUACGUUUAUGAAUAUUUAUGUAGGGGGUGUGGUCAAGGACCAGUGCCUUCAUAUUUAUGAAGUAUAAAGGUAGUAGGAGCUAAUCAUUUUGAUACUAGCAAGAAUCUCUUGUUGGAGAGGAGCAGACACCCAUUGCCUUAAAAGGAGUUGCAGAAUAUUGAUUGAGCUCACAUUACGCAAAUACCAAAAUAUAAAUGCAGUUUCUACUCUUUGGGCCCUAAUAGUAGUAAUAUUUAGAAUAUGUUGUUUCUGCUGUUUCUUACAUCCAAUCGUGUCAUUUUGACAAUAUUUUAGGCUUUCCGUUGUUUUCCACUGGGUGAGUUUGG